CGUCACUGAAAAAGUUUGUUGUGUUUGUAUGUCAAACACUUUUUCUUUUUAAAAACUUUUGGAUGUAACUUUAAUCCACAUUCUUCAAUAGAUUAUUUAUUAAAUGUACGAUAAAAUUUUUGCAAUCAUGUAUUAUCAGUAGCAUUAAUUUUCUGAUGAAUUAUGAAUGACAAUGCAGUUAAGGGAUCACAUUUUUAUAAAAGAAAAAAACGACGGUUUUAUGGAAAUCAGUUUAUUAAAUUAAAUGUAGCUUCCACUGAAAAUCAAGAUAAUGAAAAUUCUGAUUCAAAUGCUGCAAAUUUAGACGACAGUGCGGUUGAAUUCUCGAAAAAUAUAUCAGGUUCAUUCAAUUGGAGACCAUAUUUAAGGAAACAAGGAUUUACAGCUGCUCCAGUUUCUUGUUUUAAGCAUGUUGCUUUAUCAAACUGCUGGGAUUCUAUAGUUGAAAAUGUAAGAGUAGAAGUGAGAAGUCCUGAUUGCAAAAGUCCUAAUUGUAAUUGUACAACAAAUCCUUGCCGUUAUUGGUUAGCGACUGUAAUCAAAGUUUGUGGAUAUUGGGGACUUCUGAGGUAUGAUGGCUAUGAUAAAAUCACGCCAAAAUAUUUUAAUGUUCCUGAUAAAUGGGUCAAUCUGUGCACUGAACCACAUAUUCAUCCAGUUGGUUGGUGUGCAAAGAAUGGCAAACUUCUUGUUCCGCCUAAAAGUAUUGAACCCAAAAUUAUUUGUUGGAGAGAUUUCUUGUUGGAAAUGCUGCCUGGUGGUAGAACUCUUCCUCCUGAUUUUACUUUCAGGAUUGAGGAACAUUCACAUAACAGCAUCAAGAAAGGUAUGAAACUUGAAGUAGUGGAUAAAAAUUUAAUAUCUGUUGUGCGAUCUGCUGUAGUGACCGAUGUUGUGGGUGGUCGCCUGCAUAUUAAAUAUUCAGAAUGUGGUGAAGAAGAAGAAGAUGAAGGUUUCUGGUGUCAUGAGAGAUCACCUUUAAUUCAUCCAGUUGGCUGGGCACAAAUCAUCGGGCAUGCAUUGAAAUCUUCACCAGAAUAUGCAAGACAAUCUUUAAAAAAGACUCUGUACAGAACAUUUGAACCAAAUGAUGCAACUUGGGAUAUGUUUUUACCUGUAUAUAAUCCUGUAGGCAACUUAAAAUUUAAAAAGAAAAUGAAGCUAGAAGCAAUUGACCCUCUCAACUUAUCUGCAAUUUGUGUUGCUACUGUUACUGAAGUUUUAAGAAACAAUUAUUUAAUGAUUGGCAUUGAUGGUAUGAUGGCCGCAAAUGGUGCUGACUGCUUCUGUUAUCAUGCAUCGUCACCAUGCAUAUUUCCUGUUGGCUUUUGUGAAUCAAAUGGCAUUAAAUUGACUCCUCCCAAAGGUUACAAAACAGAGUUUAAAUGGUCAGAAUAUUUAAAGAAAACCAAAUCUGAAGCAGCUCCCGUUGAUCUUUUUCAGAAAGAUAUACCUGAUCAUGGUUUCAAAGAAGGAAUGUUUCUUGAAGCUGUAGAUCUAAUGGAACCUAGAUUGAUAUGUGUGGCGUAUGUAACAAAAGUUGUAGGUCGUCUUUUAAAAAUUCAUUUUGAUGGUUGGGAAGAAGAUUAUGAUCAGUGGUGUGAUUGUGAGAGUCCUGACCUUUUCCCUAUUGGUUGGUGUGAUGUCCUAGGUUAUAGGCUUGAACCACCUAGAGUAGAUGUUACUGAAGAAAAGAAGAAAAAGAAAACAGUUGUUAAAAAAAGGAAAAAGAAAUCACUGUUGAAAAGAGCCACAGGUAGUGAUGAUUCACCAAUUAUACUGGAUGAAAAGUCCAACUUGAAUGAUUUUGAAGAUUCUAAGGAUUCUUUUCAAGACAACAGUGUAGUGCCUGAUGAUUCUAGUUCAUGCUCAUAUCAAGGGAAACGGCGAGGACCUCCAAGGAGAUCAUUGACAACAAUCAAUCAACCAAGUACCUCAAACAGCCAAGAAGGAAAACUGAAAUCCAGCUUAAAUAAAAAAAGUUCAAUAAAUAGUACUCCUGUAAAAACUAUAUCAAUAGAUGAAGACAGUUCUUCUGCACAAAAUGAACACAAAAGGCUUCGUUCGAAACGAAUAACUUAUGAAGAGUGUCCUGAUCCUGAGUUGGGUAAAUUUAGAACUAGGCGUCGAAAAAGGAAACAGAAAAAAAGUGCUGAAAUGAUUCUAGAUGAUUCUAGCUCGAGUUCUGGUGUUGAAAUUUUAAACUAGAAAUUUUAUUUUGACGAUUUGUACUACAGUAUUCUCCAGUAAAAAAAAAUCUAGAUGAUGACUGGGGAGCUGAUGCUUCAUACUGAAUCCUGACUUUGGAAUGUAUGAUUGUUUUUGAAUAUAUUGUACAGUAUUAUUUUAAUAAAACUUUUUAAAUUACUGA